AUCAUUUUCCUCUCUAUGAAUGCUUGCAACCCUUUUUAAGUUGAAGCCAGAACUUGCAUUUCCUAAAUUCCUAGCAAAUUAUCCUCUCUCUUGUGCUUAGCUUAGCCCUCUUCUCCUUCAAACAAUAAAGACGACAUCCCUUUGCUUCCUCUCUCUCACAUACACACAAACAGCGCUCUGUCUCUUAAGCUUUUGAUGUUUCCUUAAAAUCCUUCCACAAGGACACAAGACAGAGUUUCUUGUCUUUCUUCUCUUCCCUUGCAUGCAACAGAGUUCUCUGCUUUACUUGCCGCUUUUACAAUGAAGUAUAUAAGAGCCAACAGCUUGAAAAGGCUUUUCUCAUUAAAAAGACGUGGACUUGAAGAAGGAAUCGCCAUUGAUGAAGACAAGAAUGGAAUCUCUAACUGUAAGUUUGUUCAAGAACCAGAGCAUUCUUCAAGACCCGCUUGGAGAUGUUUCUCCUAUCCAGAAAUAUUUGAGGCCACAAAUGGUUUUAGCCCAGAGAACCUGGUGGGAAAAGGAGGAUAUGCAGAGGUUUACAGGGGAGUGUUAAGAGAUGGAGAAAAGAUUGCAAUAAAAAGGCUAACAAGAGCUGGUAAUGAUGAGAGGAAAGAGAAGGAGUUCCUGACAGAGAUUGGCACAAUUGGUCAUGUAUCUCAUCCCAAUGUGUUGUCUCUUCUAGGAUGUUGCGUUGAUAAUGGGCUUUAUCUCAUCUUCAAUUACUCCUCCAGAGGCUCUGUUGCUUCCCUUCUCCAUGAUGAGAAACUUCCAGUUAUGGAUUGGAAAACAAGAUACAAGAUUGCCAUUGGAACUGCCAGAGGGCUCCAUUACUUGCACAAGGGAUGUCAAAGAAGGAUCAUUCACCGAGAUAUUAAAUCUUCAAAUAUUCUUUUGACAGCUGAUUUUGAGCCACUGAUUUCUGAUUUUGGAUUGGCAAAAUGGCUUCCAUCUCAAUGGACUCACCAUUCAAUCGCUCCAAUUGAAGGAACAUUUGGGCAUUUAGCACCUGAGUACUAUUUGCAUGGAGUGGUAGAUGAGAAGACAGAUGUUUUUGCAUUUGGAGUCUUUCUGCUAGAACUUAUUUCUGGCAGGAGACCAGUUGAUGGCUCUCACCAAAGCAUAUGCAGCUGGGCUAAACCAAUAUUGAAACAAGGAGAAACUGAAGAGGUGGUAGAUCCAAGGCUUGGAGGGGCCUAUGAUGCUUCACAGCUGAUAAGACUUGCCUUUGCUGCAUCUCUUUGUAUCCGAGCAUCUUCGACGUGGCGCCCUACCAUGAGUGAGGUAUUGGAAGUAAUGCAAGAGGGGGAAAUGGACAAAGAAAGGUGGAAAAUGCCAAUGGAAGAAGAACAAGAAGAAGAAUUCUGGGGAUUUGAAGAUCUAGAAUGUGAAUGUGAUAGCUCCUUCUCAAUUUCUCCACACGAUUCAAUCUCGACAAAAAGUUCUUUAACCGUGAUGCAUUAGGGAAGCAGCCAUAUUUUACCAGCACGGAAUUGCAGAUGAGGUCUCGAGUUCUAGUCUCAGACCGUCUUUAAAGAAAAGAAAAGACUUGUAAUGCAUUAGGUGCUCAAGUAAAUCCUGACCAACGCAUUUUGCGGCUUGUAAAUACAUCAUAUAUGUUACAUAAAAGAAGUCUUUUUAGUUGCAA